GUGCAAAGAGUAUGUUCAUCUCAAAAGAGAAGGUCUGGGAGUGUCAUUCCUAAUCUGAGAGGCGCGCUGACGCUUUGGAUAGUGUCCAUCCAUCGUUCUGACUUCCACAAUGUCAGACUUUGAGGAUUUCAGCUGGCAGGGAGGGCAGGCCAAUGUCUCUGAAAGCUAUCAGCUGAACCCCACCAGCGUGAUUGUGUCAGUGGUCUUCUCACUCAUAUUCCUGCUUGGUACCAUUGGCAACAGUUUGGUGCUCGCCGUGCUGCUGCGGAGCGGACAGGUCUCAUACAACACAACCAAUCUGUUCAUACUCAACCUGAGCGUGGCUGACUUCUUCUUCAUCAUCUUCUGUGUUCCUUUCCAAGCCACCAUCUACUCUCUAGAGGGAUGGGUGUUUGGUUCCUUCAUGUGCAAAGUGGUCCACUUCUUUAUCAAUCUCACCAUGUACGCCAGCAGCUUCACACUGGCCGCUGUGUCUGUUGACAGAUAUCUGGCCAUUCGCUAUCCACUGCGCUCCAGAGAGCUAAGAACCCCUUGUAAUGCUGUGGUUGCCAUGGUAGUUAUCUGGGGUCUUUCCCUGGUCUUUGCGGGGCCAUAUCUCAGCUACUAUGACCUGAUUGAUUAUGCCAACAGCACUGUGUGUAUCCCCGGCUGGGAGGAGCAGAAUCGUAAGGUGCUGGACACGUGCACCUUCCUGUUUGGCUAUGUCAUCCCUGUGUUCAUCGUGAGCCUCUCAUACACUCGAACUAUCAAGUACCUGUGGACGGCUGUUGACCCUCUGGAUGGCAUGUCAGAAUCUAAGAGGGCCAAGCGCAAAGUCACCAAAAUGAUCAUCAUUGUCACAGUGCUCUUCUGCAUAUGCUGGCUGCCAUACCAUGUGGUGAUCUUGUGUUACCUGUAUGGAGACUUUCCUUUUAAUCAGACAACAUAUGCCUUCAGGCUUCUUUCUCACUGCAUGGCCUAUGCCAACUCUUGUGUCAAUCCCAUUGUGUACGCUCUGGUUUCCAAACACUUUCGCAAAGGCUUCAAGAAAGUGUUCAGCUGCAUCCUCAGUAAAAAUAGGAGGAAUAAGGUUCAUGUGGUUCAUGUAGCCAACACUGUGCCUGGGUUUGAAGCAGGGUCUACAGAAGUGUCACAAAUGAAUGAGGAGAACAUGCGACAGAAUGGAUGCGAAAUGAUCAACAGGCCAGUCGUAGAGCCGAGAGAAGCCACUGUGUCCCUGAAUUUGCCCUUUCAGCAACAGACUUGACAACUGAUUCAGCUUGGCUUCGCUGGCUCAGCACAG